UAUCGAGGAUAAAGAACCGUUGUAUAACUGAAGAACGUUGUAAAAGCUGUAAAAAAGUUAAACAAUUUAUAAGUAAGUAGAUAUUUUACGGGGAAAAAGAGUCGUUAAAGCGACAUUCCAGAUUUAUCGAUCGCACGUGAUAGAUCAUGCUAAACAGUUGCAUAAGUUGCGUGCGUUCCGUUUAAUGAUUUGUAGGCGUUUCUAUCGUUUAACGAAGCUUAAAAGCAUCAUUGUAGUGUCUGGAGCGAAUCCGUAACAGGUUUCGCGUUAUAGUUUUGAGUGAAAUCGAUCGAUCGAUUGGAAGAGAACAAUCGAAUAGGCGUAGUUAUCCGGAAGGAUGUUUGAAUUUUUUCGGUCGGGUGUCGAAGAUAGCAGGAAUGUUUGCACGCUUCGAUAGCAGCGCUAACACCGGAAGUAAACUAUUUCGUGAACCAACCAAGCCUGUAUAUACAUAAUCCCGCGGGUAUGAAACGGCCAGUGUACGGUGUAACGAGAUAAUAACACCCACACAUGAGUUUCGCGUAAAACGCCCGAUGGACAAACAUUCCGAGAGGGUCUGACGCGUCACGGAACUGGAGGAAACGAGCCGAGUGCUCGGGAUUCCACGUUUUGGGUCGUCGUUCGUUCCGAUUCUCAGAUACGUCCUGUUUUUCUCGUACUCGUUAUUAUAGAGCACCGGAUGCGCUUCCCCCUCGUUUUAAACCUGCUCCGCACAUGUUACAAUUUCUCAUUGACUUCGUUGAACGAUAAAAGGUAGGACGGGUGGUCUCGAACAAAAUAUCGUUGCCUUUGUUUAUAAUCCUUUAAUAAGAUUCGACGAGUCAUCUAAGAACGUCGAAGGAGGAAUGCAAAGAGGGUAAAAGCAAGGUCGGUAAAGUGGAAACUGGAAAGCCGGUUUAAUAUUUCCCGGCGUACGAAGUGGAGGCUGAAAUCGCGACUCACGUCCCUGUAAGGUCGAACGUAAACACGAUUUCGAUAUUAGUCCAUGGUAUGUCCCUAUUGAAUAGGAGCGGCGUCUUUCGAGAUCAUGACGUCAGGGUGGCGUGGAGCGAGCAGUCGCAAAGGCAAACCGGGGCUAGUAAAGAAGGGUGAAAGAGAAAGAAAGACACGGUUCGGCUGUGUCGCGUGGAACGAGAGAGGGGGCCGGUGCAUAGUUGGGAGAGAGAGGCGAUAUCUCGGCAGGAGCAGGAGUGGUGUGGAAGCGAACGAACGAGGAGGGCCACACGCUCGCCUUUCGUCGGCGUUUCGUGUGGGUGCGGGAGUGCGUGCGCGAGUGCGUGCUCACAAGUCAGGUACUUUCGAUUUCCAGCGAUUGGCGAGCCUUCGCCGGGUACGAGGCUGCACCAGGAAGCGGACGCGACAGUUACCAUGGAGUGAAAUAGUACGGGCACGAUAAACCCAACCCGUCCAGUCGCUGGUCAGUCCCGUCGGUAUCUGUGCGCGUGUGCGAAUGCGGUGCGUUAACCAACAAACAGGUGCCUUUUCGACUAUUAUCCCGAUUAUAUGGUUACAACUCGAUUCAAGUUGUACUGAUUCUGAUUACUCGCAUACGAUUCUCUGAUGACAAGUAAUCAUUGGCCAGAGGGUUUCGUAGCACGAGUAACGCAAAAGAUGUUGUACUGAACGUUCAUGUAUCUACAAAAAGACAUACGAAAGGUGUUUUCUGUCAACCUUUCGCGCGUGCAACCCUGUUAUACGCGUAUGCGUCGGCGACAUCGAUUUUUCAGCGAACCUUCGCAGCUGGUGCUCGCGUUGUCGUCGACGGGAAGGUUGGUACAGGAGGCACGAGAACCGGGCGUCGUCGCGUUUGAAAGGAAAGGAAUAGAAUUUUGACAGCGGCAGAAUCGGCGGCGGAACAGGGCGAGGGGCGGGGUGGGGGGGAAGCUGGUCGUGUAGAGACGGGCGCGCGUUUGCGAACGCGCCCAUCGCGCGUCCAACAUGGCUACCGCCAGCAACGCGACGACAAGCGCCGGCGAAACGAGCGGCAACAACGUGCCACAGUGGAAAAGAGACUUGAUCCAGCGUCGCAGGCAACAGAACAAGGUUCUCGCGAACAACGGAGCGAGCGUGAAGCUAUGUUCAGCGGUGAUAGGUGGCACGCCGGCGGCUACAACGACGAACAGUACGACGGAUGCGGUCGAUCCGUCCGGUGGUCAGGAGCAGUGCUUAACCGGCAACGUUUCGUCGAGAACGCGAACGGCCAGCACCGGUGAGGAGAGUUCGGACACGGUGAACAGUUCGAGCGGUAACGGUGGUAGUGGUGGAAGCGCCAUAGCUGGUGUCGUUGUAUCUUCUUGCCCGUUUUUCUCGAGAGGACCGGCGUGUGGCGCCAUCGUCAGUGGCGGCACGAUCGUGGCUACCGAGGUCGCCGGCUCGACAGUCGCGUGCAACAUGCGUCUCGAGGCGGAUCUCUCGUUCUGCUCGGACUCGGAGGAUGUUGCGAACGGUACGUUGAGCAAGCCGACGGACACGGAACGGAAAUCGGAACACGGGGACGGAUCGGAGAACGAAGACGGGAAGAGUAGCAGCGAUCCGUUGGCUGGCUGCGAGGAGCAUCGUGUAACAACCGGUGGUGGUGGCGGCGGCGGCGGUGGUGCGCUGCGUGGUACGAACAAAGUGGAAAGGGACGUUCUGAUGGAGGUAUCGAAAAGCAAGACGGGUAAAAUCGAAACGGAAAUGGCGAGGAACAGAGGGUCGUCGAGCGACGACGGUGAAAGCGAUAGCUCGGAGGAGUUGCAAUACGGACCGGGUAUCGUGAACAAGUUGAAAAGUAAGUAUCUUAACCUCACUCUGAGAGAGAUGAACAAGAGCCGCGUGUCGGUUCAACGUUUCCGACGCGCGGCUAGCCUCGAGGAUCUGCUCGAUUGCGAGGAGGAGUCGAGCGAGAAGAGCGCUAGGAAAUACGCGAAGAGGGCGACGACCGGUGCCGCGACGAAAACUGACAGGUAUAGAAACGCUUCGCGCGGGAACGAAUCGAUGAAACGAGCGAGAAGCGUGGAGACAUUGUUGAGGUACAAUGGCGCGGACGAGGUGGCCGGUACUCGUGGCCUAACCGGUCGCGUGGCCGCGAACGGUCUGAAGCAGGAGCCGGUCAACGACCACAUUAUCCUGAUAGAUCGGACCACGGUUAAGAUAGAGAGCCGACUGGGCGAGUUGGACAGGCCGAAAGCCGUGAAUAAACCGAAGAGAAUCAAACCGUUGCUGGCGGAGACCGAGAGGCCGCCGCCGGAUCUAGUCAAGACCACCAUGAGAAUCUUCGAGGGGUCCGCGAAGAAGUUGAAACCGAAGGGCGAGGUAGCAGCGAAGGUAGCCACGUUCAAGACCAUCAACGACACGUUCAAAGCGCAGAGCACGCAGAAGAAGAUGGUGACCAAACCACCGGUUCAACCGAAACCUUUCGUGAACGGGAAUUCGCGAACGGCCGGUUCCCCGAAGAAGAUCGUGCUGCCGCAGAAACCGACAGCCGAAUUGAUCGAGACGCAGGAGGAGUUCCACUUCGACGGGGUGAUCACGGACCCCAUAGUGCAGUCGGUGUCGUCGGUGGUCAGCAAGUUCCAGCAGAUCGAAAAAUCGCAUUCUCCCUCGCCCUCGCCCGAGCCAUCCUUCAAGUUCAAGUUCUCCCCGGCGCCGAGUCCCGAGCCUCAAUUAAGUAAAUUCAAGUCCUCGUUAGAGAUCAGCGUGAAAUCCCCGCCGGUAACGCCCGUUCUUUCCCCCAGAAUUCCCUCGCCCAGGCUGCACAGCCCUUCGUCACCGAUGAAGGAGAACGCGACCAGGCACAGUCCACCGUCCCCGAUGAAGGAGCUGCCCAGGCAGAACUCCAGUCCCGUCCACAAGCCACCGCCGAGUCCCAGCAGGGAGCUGCUCAGACAAAUGUCCCUGCCCUCCUCGGAACCGAGCAAAUUCCCACGAACCGACGAGACCACGGUAAAUAACACCGCGGAACAUCCGAGACAACAGCGGUCGCCGGAAAGGAUACAGAGUCCUGCGGAACGAGAGAAGCUCGACGAGCCAAAGUUCCCGGUCGAUCCGACGGUGGUAGCCAACGACGAUGAGCUCGCGGAGGAGGAGGUCGACGCACCGAAAACCAUUUCGAAAGCAGCGUUGGAGAACAUCGCGAGAACCGGGGUCACGAUGCAGUUCAGCUUCAACGACAAGCCCGCCUCGAACAAGUCCUACCUGCCGGGUUUCAAGCAGAACGGUCAGAAGGCGACGGACGAACAGCCGGAUGCUAGAAACGAGACCAAGCCGUCGGAGUCGAGGGGCAAGUCGUUUUUGUCCGAUUCUAGUGGGAACGAGACGGGAAACGAUACAGGGAACGUAGCCGUAACGGAACAAGAGACGGUGGUAUCGAGGCUGCAGGAGAGGCUAGAAACGGACAAACGCGAUAGGAAGAUCGAGGACAGUAAAGAAGAUACCGACGCGAAGGUUAACGUUGAUAACAAACCGAUCGGGGCUAUCUGUAGCCUAGGCUUGAUCAAGUCCUCGACCAUCACCUCCUACCCCCAAGGGAACGAUUCGAAAACGAUAAGAUGCCAAAAGAGCAACGAAUCGCCCCCUCAAAAACAAAUAGGGAUAAUAAGACCACUCGUGUCGACCAAGACGCAGCAUCCUCAACAGAAUUUGAGCAACCGGGAGCUGGAAAAGAAUCUAAUCAAUCGGGUGAAGAGCAUAGAACAACCUACCAAGGUUGUGGUUAGCUUGAAGAGCGCGGAUGAGAUUCAACCUGCGAAAAAGACCGGUUCAGGUGGCGCCGGUCUAUGGGAGACGAAGCCCUGGAAUCAACAGAACAACACCAUGGUGUUCAAUUUCAGUAACCGGAAGGACGUGCCCGAUUAUAUCGAGAACGAUGGACUAAUCAUUAAAAGGAAACGGGAGAAGCCGAAGGUUGGCGAUGGCGGCAUCAUAGUGUUGGACGCCACAUUGGACGCGUCGACGACCGACGACGCUGAAUGGGAGCUUACAGGUGGCCCACCCUCGCCUUGCGACGUGUCGUUCUUUAACGACAACGUGCUCAUCAAUGGACGCAGCAACUUGUCGAGGACACCACGAAAUCACAAACAUCGAAUACAGUUCGACGACACAGCGACCCGUACCUUUGAAUAUCCGAGCGAGGCAUCGAUGCUGGAGGGUGAGAGCAGCGUUGAUGGCGACACUUCCGGUUCCGACGAGCAAUCACCACCGAUCACCAAUAAAACGUCCUCGAGCAAUUCGACCACCAGCUUGCCGACCCUUCUCGGUGGUGGUGGUGGCCUAGCCAGUUACACUCCCAGCAAAGUGGAUCUGACAUCGGAAGGAUUCGAGUUGGGUGUGACGAGCAGAGCGGUCUCCUCGACUCCUCUAUCGACCCAGACCUCUACUCCGACGACCGAUCAAGCAGAAAACGAGACCGAUGUCGACUACCUGAAACCGGCUCAGGAUGCUGGCGCCUGGGGCUCCGAAACGACCGGCGAUCUUCUCUAUUGAUGAAAUUCAGAUCGGAAGAAAUCGAAAGAAAACGAGGAAAGGAAGCGUAAAAACAUAAAAACGCGAAGAGCUGAUAGAAGCUCGAAAGCUCAAAGGUUCUCCCCCGAGGAGAGCUAGGAAUUCCAAGUUCCGACUACUCAAAAGACUAAUUACAAAGUAUUUUUCUUUCAGUUUUUAUUUUGCGUAAACGCGAAAAAGAUGUUAGAUAAACCUUCGGAAGGAAGCGAUGAAAAGAACAGAAGUUUCUUCGAGCGAUGAUCGCUGUCGUCUAUGAAUAAGCAACUGCAAAAUGUUUUUCUCUCAGAAAUGCAUCACGCGGCGCGUUCACGAUCGUUUUUAUAUUUGUAGUUCAUUCUCGUGCGAGAUUAUUUCUACUACGAUAAAAAUCAAAAAAAAGAAAAAAAGAAAGCGAGAGAGAAUAUCGUUCGUGAACGCGUCGGGAAAUAAGCAAGAAAAUACGUCUCCUUAGGUAGUUAAGCGAAGAGAUGAAACACAGUAUCAUUCCAAGUAUAUGCAUUUACUUUGUAUUAACUAUAACUAAAAAACAGAGAAAGAAGCGAAGAGAUUUUCCUAAUAACAAGUAACUGAAACUGCCAACAGUAGCCACCAGUGCUUUUCUUCCUUUUUUGAUAGCACUUUGAAACGGAGAGCUCGUUGAUUGAUGAAUAAGGAAAAGAAAAAAAUAGCAUAUCACCUUUUUGGCACAUUUUAUAACAAACGGAGAGAAGUCGACGAUGGAACUGAAGAUUUUUGUAAACCUUUUUGAGAUUACUUUAUCAGCUAUUAUAAGCCGUUAAACGUUCGAGCUGCCAGUCAAAGACCAGGAAACUUUAAUGCAAAAUUUUUUAAGGUAAAAAAAAAAGAGAAAAGGAAAAUAGAAUGAGAACAUUCGAAUCUAGAAUUAUACAAGUUUUUUGCCAAAGUAGAGUGUAAGUCUACUUGAUACACUUUAAUGUACGUGUACAAUAAGCCAAGAACCGUCAGUUCAAGAAGCGAUAAAAAAAGAAUUGUACAUUCAGAAAAAUUCAUUAUUUAUACAAAUAUGCUCAAGAGUCGUUCACAUAUUGAUAUAGAUACGAUACGAUUUUCUUUCGUGUAGCUUCUUCCUUUCUUAUAUUUGAACGAGGACCAAAAAGAAAAGAAAAGAAGCACCUUACAGGUAUCAAUUAUUUCGAUUACUAUAAAUGGUAAAUGAAAUUCGUUAACGAGCUGAAUUUUAAUUUUAAGAGAAUUGAAUUUUGUACAUACUAAAUUAUUUUUCGGUCUCGAAGUUCCCCGGAGUUUGUGUUCGUUCGAAAUAUUAGAAAUUCAAUUUUACUUCGAGACCGAUCUUUGCGUACUUUUCUUGUGUUCCCUUUUUUUUCGUUGUCGCCUUGAAAAUUCGAAAUGUUUUUACGUUGAAUCGUGUAGGUGUUGAAAGAAAGUAUGAUUGUGGCAGUGUGGUUAGCCUUUGAUUAAGAUUUAUAAUCGCGUGAACGCGGACUGACUCAAGGAUAAAACGUGCGAUACAAUGAUGAUGAUAAUAGUAAUUAACGAAAAUGCAUUUAUACGCUGAACCGACCAUUGUGUUCCAACUCCUAUGAUGAUCGUACAUAUAAUACAUUUAGAUGCUAUUGUUCUUCUUUCCAUUUAGUUACACGUUCGAUCGAUACUUGAUGGGUCUGUGUCACAGCGUUGCAUUUUACACUGUGAUAUUUUUCGUUUUUUGUUACUUUUCCUCCUGUAUCGUAUAAAUCGCUGCUUCCCAAUUGGAACAGUACCGUGUCGACGGAAGCUCAGUUUGUCGUAUCAACAAGAUUACGUGAAGUAAACGAGAUUACGAGAAUGGAACAUUCCAAAAAUUCUGAUUAAUUACGCGUGUUUAAUUUUGUUAUCCAGACAAGAGGUCGAUCGUUCAAGCGUCGAUGUAAUCUCGGUCUGCUCCGGUCGAAGGGAACUCCGUAUUAUUUCUGUAAAUUAUCGCUGUACAGUAUGAAAAAGGCAUCGUCAUUCAAGUUAAAGAAGGAUAAAGAGGAAAUAGUAUUAUUAUAAGAUUAUUCUUAUUACUCUUAAUUCUUAUGAUUAUUAUUAUUCUCAUUAAUUCUUAUUAUUGUUAUUAUUAUCUAAAGCUUGAAUCUACAUUACCUUACUGAGUAUACUUACCAAUUAGAAGUAUCGUGUGAUGUAUCGUCUGUGUGUUAUAUAAAAGUAUUCAAGUAAUAAAAGUGAAACAAUUACGCCUGAA